UAAUGAAUAUUUCACUAAGAAAACGUUCAAGUAAUUAAUAAGUCGAUAUAUACCUUGAAAAUCUCCGUAAAGCGUUCAUGAAGGGAAAGCGCAGAAGAAGGUGGGGACGGCGCCGCUGCUGCCGAAGCCGAACAAGCGGACGGACUGUGCGCGAGAGUAAGAUUAUACAGUGACUGCUCCAGAAUUAUAUUCAAAAAUGCCGAGUCAAGAGGUUGUCACGACGAAAGUCGUCGUCCAUCCACUGGUACUUCUCAGUGUAGUGGACCAUUUCAAUCGUAUGGGCAAAAUUGGCAACCAGAAGAGGGUCGUCGGAGUACUUCUGGGUUGCUGGCGAGCUAAGGGCGUCCUGGACGUGUCAAACAGCUUUGCAGUGCCCUUCGAUGAAGAUGACAAAGACAAAUCUGUAUGGUUCCUUGACCACGAUUACUUGGAAAGCAUGUUUUCGAUGUUCAAAAAAGUCAAUGCACGUGAAAAGGUAGUCGGUUGGUACCACACAGGGCCUAAGCUGCACCAGAAUGAUGUAGCAAUCAAUGAGUUGAUCAGAAGGUACUGCUCUAACUCUGUAUUAAUCAUCAUAGAUGCUAAGCCCAAAGAUCUCGGUCUUCCAACAGAAGCUUACCAAGCAGUAGAGGAAGUUCAUGAUGAUGGUUCUCCAACUUCAAAAACGUUUGAGCACAUCCCAAGUGAAAUUGGUGCUGAAGAAGCAGAAGAAGUAGGUGUAGAGCACUUACUGAGAGAUAUUAAGGAUACAACCGUGGGUACUUUAAGCCAAAGAAUUACAAAUCAAUUGUUAGGCUUGAAAGGACUUCACGCACAAAUUGAAGAAAUUAGAAGCUACCUCUUAAAAGUAGGUGAAGGAAAAUUGCCAAUAAACCAUCAGAUCAUCUAUCAGCUACAAGACAUAUUUAAUUUAUUACCAGACAUGACACAGAGUACGUUUGUCGACUCAUUGUAUAUCAAGACAAAUGAUCAAAUGCUGGUUGUUUAUCUUGCUGCAUUAGUCAGGUCCAUCAUUGCCCUCCACAAUUUGAUUAAUAACAAAUUGACGAAUCGAGAUGCUGAGAAGAAAGAAACUGAUAAAAAAGAGUUAAAGAAAGAUGAAAAGAAAGAAGAAGAGAAGAAAGACGAAAAGGAGAAAGCUAAAAAGUGAAGUGAAAUGUUGUGACAUAUUUUUUAAAAUCAAUUUUUCGCAUGAUUUGCACACCUUUAAGUACUGCUAACUAUAAAUUCGACUGUGCAAACCAGGUGGAUAUAGAAUUAAGUCUCGUCACAAUAUUUGUACAGAUCAACGUUGUUUUUUAAAAGCUGUGUUAUAUGCAGUGUAUCCCUGAAUGCAAAAACCCUACUGCACGAUUAAUCUUCGAGCAAUUUAUUGGAUGGAAAUAUUGGAAGAUUUUCGCUGUAGAAAUAAGUAUUCUGCGAAACUAAUAUUCACUAUUAUAUUAUACUAAAAUGAAGAAGACUUGUUUUAAACGGUAAAACGGUUUUUUGUGCUCACAUAAGUAAAGGAGAUUAAUAUGUAUUUUGAAAUCGCCACUUUGUUUCUUUAUUAUAAUUUUCUUUUAUUUAACACAUUUACAAGGGAGAAUCGAUAAUUCGACCCUUGAUUUAAAAUAAUUUUCAGAAAGAAAGCAUUUUUAUAUUUUACAAAAUAUAAUGAAACAUGCAAAGCAAUUUCAUCGUUAAAAUAACGAUGUGAAAUCUUACACUGAUAAAAUACUAUACUCAACUAGAAUUUUGCAACCGCUUGAAAAAAAAAACAUCUAUUAAAUUUUUUAUCUUCUUAAUUUGAUUAACGUGUAUAGUGCAGUAAGAAUUUUGUAGUUCAUAAUUACUUCUAUUUAUUAGUGUUUGAAUUUUCCAAGAACAUAAUGCUAUUAAUAAAAGUUUUUUUCUAAUCAGUGCA